AUGAUGAGAAUUGUAGCUUUUGCUGUGUGCGUGUCGCUAUGCGAAUGUCAAUAUCGUCAGUUCCAUCAACGGGAGGAGAAGAUAAAAUCUUUUCUACACUAUGAAAUUAUAGUUCGGGCAACCGUCGCCAAGGUCGAAAUGUUUUCCUAUGUCAUAAAUACGACACAAGUUUACAGGGCCAAAAACGCCACGUUAAAGGUCUAUGUUUACAAACCUCCUUUUGACGAGCGGGGACCCAAGGUCCACCUCAAAAAAGGAAAGGAAUAUCUUCUCGGAGGCAACCCUGCUACUUACUAUAACUUUCCCGUUUGGGUUACCGAUAAUGGUGAGAUCACCUGCAAUCCCUGUUAUUAUGAGCCGUGGAGCCCGUGGAUGAAUGAAUUCCUGACACGUUAUAUAAGAUAG